UACCCAAAUGCGAAACCCUAACAAUAUAAACUCUCUAUACCCAAACCCGACCUUUAAACGACUCCAUUCUAAAUCCUGCAGAGACCUCGGCUUCAAUCGCCGCCUCCGGCUUCACUCUAGAUCCGGCAGAGAGACAUCGGCUUCAAUCGCCGCCCUCCAGUACUCGUAGUCCAGCCAUAAUCGUCGACCCUCUCUAAGUCCAAGCCUCCAUUGCUGUUUUCAAUAAAAGCAAUGGUCUACGCUAUAAACCGAUAACAAAGAGUCAUCACUUUAUCCGAUUGUCUUUGUAAAACAAUUUUGUGUGGAAGUCUUCAGAUUUCCAAUUGACUCACUGCACCGUGGUCUGUGAAUCGGAUCCUCCGGCUUAUUUCCAACUGACUGACUUCAGAUUGCCAUUCGUUGUAUACGCCCUGUCUAGCGGAGUGGGAUCUCGACCUUGGCUGCUAUGAUAAUGAUGAAAUCAGGAAGGCUACUGCGGCGCCGCAGCAUCGUAGAGUGAUUUCAGCAAAGGAGGACGACACUCAGACGAUGUUCGCCGCUGAUGUCCAUCUUGGAACCAAAAACUUUGACUUUCAGAUGGACCGUUUUUCCUUCAAACGCCGAAAUGACGAUGAUGUAAGCUUAGUGAUGGUGCUGAUUGACACCAACCCGUUCUUCUGGAGCUCGAUGAAGCAUAGUGGCUCUUUUACUUUUUCAAAGCUCCUAUCUCAUGUUAUCCCAUUUUUGAAUUCAAUACUGUUACUGAACAAGCUGAAUCAAGUAGUAGUCAUAGCCACUGGGUACAAUUCUUGUGACUAUAUAUUUGAUUCCUCUGACCCCUCAAACCAAAGGGCAGAAUGCAUGUUGGAGAAAUUGGAAGAGUUUGUGGAAAAAGAUGAGUCAUUGAGUCAGGAAGAUUCAGUUGACGUGGUUCAAUCUUCGCUUCUCUCUGGAUCACUUUCAAUGGCUCUCUGUUAUAUACAAAGGAUGCUUCGUGCAGGGCCACUCCAUCCUCAGCCCAGGAUACUAUGCAUCCAUGGAUCCCCAGAUGGACCAGGACAAUAUGUGGCCAUCAUGAAUUCAAUAUUCUCUGCUCAGCGCUCAAUGGUACCAAUUGAUUCAUGUGCCAUAGGGACCCAGCAUUCCGCUUUCUUGCAGCAGGCUUCAUACAUAACUAAUGGUGUAUAUUUGAAGCCCCAAUUAUUGGAUGGACUGUUUCAAUACCUUUCGACAGUUUUUGCUACUGAUUUGCAUUCUCGUGCCUUUCUACAUCUUCCUCGGCCUAUGGGGGUUGACUUUCGUGCUUCGUGUUUUUGCCACAAGAACACGAUUGACAUGGGUUACAUAUGCUCUGUUUGUUUGUCCAUUUUCUGCAAGCAUCAGCCUCAGUGUUCAACAUGCGGAUCCAUCUUUGGGAAGGCUCGAGGACAUGUUGAACCUGCUUCGUGAACUUAGAGGGGCUCGCUGGUCUUAUUUUUUCAUGCGUAAAGCUGGGUUCAAGUUGCUGAAUAUCUUGAAGGGUCGAUACCAACCAGUUCCUAUUCCGGACUAGCCAGUAAUGUGUAGUGCCUUAGAGUCGUUAGAGGUAUAAAGAUUCUGGCUGCGAUCCCUUUGGUUUCUAUUAUGCCCAUAGUGAGGGUUCUAAGUGCUUUUAUAACAUUUUAUAGUGAUUAUGCAAUGAUGAUCGUUGUUUGCAAAUAGUGCAAACUGUUACAAUUGGUUGCAAAUGAAAGUGAUGUUUUUGAUGCUUUUUUGAAAUGGUAAAUCCUCCAUUAACAGUCUUGUUAAAAUCCACAGGUGUGUUUAGACUUGAGAGACAAUCAUACUAGUGUGUUUAAAAUAUUCUCUUAUUUGAUUGUCCUAUAAACGUAAGUUGAAUUCCUAUUCAAAU